CGUGACACUGCAUCAUGAGUGACAAUAAAUGUGAUAGUCAUUUUUAUAGUGUGCAAGUUGCAGAUUCAACUUUCACAGUACUAAAACGUUACCAGCAAUUAAAACCAAUAGGAUCUGGAGCUCAGGGAAUUGUUUGGAGCCAUCAAUGCAGUGCCUUGCCAGUAACUGGCAGGAUGAGGCAAGUCAGUAUCAUUAUCACUCCAUGGAGUAACCAGGAAGGGAUGCUGUGUGAGGGGUUGGGCUGGCCGUCUCUUCUUUGGUGUGUUACCUCAACUAUGUCCAGCCUCUACUGUCUGAUCCUGAACCUUAGUCUCUUGCAUGGUAAGACAAUGAGCUGCCACUACAUCAUUGGGCCAGCUAAAGUGCUGCUUUUGAUACAGUUGUUGGGAUAAAUGUUGCUGUCAAGAAGUUAAGUCGACCGUUUCAGAAUCAGACUCAUGCAAAGAGAGCGUAUCGUGAACUCGUUCUGUUAAAAUGUGUCAAUCAUAAAAAUAUAAUUAGCUUAUUGAAUGUGUUCACACCGCAAAAAUCUCUAGAAGAAUUUCAAGAUGUGUAUUUGGUUAUGGAAUUAAUGGAUGCUAAUUUAUGCCAAGUGAUUCAUAUGGAAUUGGACCAUGAAAGAAUGUCUUACCUUCUUUAUCAGAUGCUUUGUGGUAUCAAACAUCUCCAUUCAGCUGGUAUAAUACACCGAGAUUUGAAACCCAGCAACAUAGUGGUAAAAUCAGAUUGCACACUGAAGAUCCUUGAUUUUGGCUUGGCGCGGACAGCAUGUACCAAUUUUAUGAUGACUCCAUAUGUGGUCACACGGUAUUACAGAGCACCUGAAGUUAUCCUGGGGAUGGGAUACAAAGAAAAUGUUGAUAUCUGGUCAGUGGGGUGCAUCAUGGGAGAACUGGUGAAAGGUUGUGUGAUAUUCCAAGGCACUGAUCAUAUUGAUCAGUGGAAUAAAGUUAUUGAGCAGUUAGGAACACCAUCAUCAGACUUUAUGAAGAAAUUACAACCAACUGUGAGGAAUUAUGUAGAAAACAGGCCGAAAUAUCCUGGUAUCAAAUUUGAAGAGCUUUUCCCUGAUUGGAUAUUCCCAUCAGAAUCUGAACGAGAUAAACUGAAAACAAGUCAAGCUAGAGAUUUGUUAUCAAAAAUGCUCGUAAUAGAUCCUGACAAACGAAUUUCUGUUGAUGAAGCCUUACGGCAUCCAUAUAUUACUGUUUGGUAUGACCCUGCUGAAGCAGAAGCACCACCACCUCAAAUUUAUGAUGCCCAGUUAGAAGAGCGAGAACAUGCUAUUGAAGAAUGGAAAGAACUAAUAUACAAAGAAGUAAUGGACUGGGAAGAAAGAAGCAAGAAUGGCGUGGUAAAAGAUCAGCCUUCAGAUGCAGCAGUAAAUAGCAACACCACUCCUUCUCAGUCCUCAUCUAUCAAUGACAUUUCAUCCAUGUCAACAGAGCAGACAUUGGCUUCAGAUACAGACAGCAGCCUGGAUGCCUUGACAGGACCCAUUGAAGGUUGUCGAUGAUAAGUUAAAAAUUGCAGACUUGCAAUUGGAAAAGAACCCUUGAUUCCAUGCUUGUAAGUUCAUGGAACCAAGCAAGGAAACUCCAUGUUCUGCAUGUCCUAGUCAGUGCAAUGCCUGUGUUCUUACUCAGCUGUAAUUUGAUUGCCUGCUUGAUAUUAUAAAAAUGAAAGCAAUGCAAUGUCUGACAAAAAAAAAACAACCACAAGCCAAUCGUAGAAUAUUUCAGGUGAGCAAUUAUAAUAGGUGGGGCAAAAAAAGGUAAUUGUGAUAUCAGCAGUGACCACGUGUCUUUAGCAAACUUCUGGACUUACACACAUGUGCCAUCAGAAGCUUGCUUUAUUUAUUUAGCUUUGCUUUUUGGCCUGUCUCACAUUCAGAAAUGUGGUGUGUAUGAGUCCAGUGAUGCUUCAGACAGUGUAUUUUUUCACGCCAUUUCUUAUUCUUCCUGAGUAAUGUGGUGUCUACAGUAGAAGAAAUAAAUAGUCCUGUGAUGUUUAAUCAUCUAUUAUUGCAUAUUUUGCUCUCUGUCAUAGUAUGCUUCAUUCUAUAGCUUUUUUCUUUCAUGAGAACAGGCAUUUUUAAAGUAUAUACUUAGUAAUAAGAAAGGCAGUUGCUUUCCAUGAAUUAAUGGCAUUCAAGGCUGAGGAUGAAUUAUUGUAAUAUAUAUAUAUAUAUAUAUAUAUGCAUAUAUAUAUAUGUUGAUGUUGACCACUACCCAAACAAAAAUAUUUACAGGGACAUUUGUUCUUAAAUUGCUUUGUCCUAUGUUGAUAUGUAAAUUUGACUUUUCAUUAUGCCAAAGGAUGUUUCGUUACAUGCAAAAGUCACACCUGACUUUUAAAAGCCUAUUUAACUUACCCCUGAUCUAUUAGUACUCCAGAUAUCUUAGUUUGCAGUGCUUUAAGGAGCCCUGUGUCUUCCAAUAAAUAUUGCUAUACCUAUUCUCAACAGUAUGAUGCACAUGGAUUCUUUAAUUCAUUACCUUCAUCAUUAAUACUUAGAGUAGAUUUUUGCAAAAUUCUGGCAACGUAGGCAGAGUGCUGGAUUUGACGACUCAGGAAGACCUGGUUCCCAAUCCUGCCUCUGAUGCUUAAUAGUCACACACUUGACUAUGGGCAAGUCACUUAAUAUCCUUGAAUCUCAGUUUCUUCACCGGUUAAAAGAAGAAAAUAAUCCACAUAGUACAUGACUCACAGGGUUGUCUCCAGGCUCAGACAUGAUCACGUAUGGAAGAUGUGUUGCAGAUUUUAAAGUACUAGAAUAAAUGCCUGCUCUUAUAUGAAAAGUCAAAUUGAUCCUUAACUUGAAGUUAAUAGUGGUUUCUGUUCUUAAUUAAGAAAACUAUUGAUUAUGAUCCUUAAUUCAUAUUUUAUCAUGUUUUUAAUGGAAGAUGCCUAGAAUAUUUUUUUAGAAACUCCUGGCCUUUUUUUUUUUUUUAACUUUUCUUCAAGGGUCUGUCCUCGGAGUCCUUUUUUAAAAAACUAGUCAAAUAAUUAUCGAUGUAUGACUGGGAUUUGAGGGGGCAUGCUGAACUACAGUUAAUAAGCUGAUAAGAGAUUUGUAACUUGUAAUUAUACUGCUCACCUGAAAGAGAUACUUUGAAUCUUAUUAAUGUGUUUUUGUAUAUGUAUACACAUACAUAUAUGUGUAUAUAUAUAUAUGUAUAUAUUUCAAAGUUCAUUAAGACACUGAGUAUCCAAAUGGCAUUGCAGAAAUGGAGUCAGUUAAAACAAUUGCAUUUCAACUAUGUUGCUCAUAAUUUUUCCCCCUCAAGAGCUUAUUUUUACAGAUUAAUAUCUUGUUUUUAGUCAUUUUGGAAGCUAUUUGGACUGAGCAUUUGGUAGAAUGUGUUUUGAGGAAGUAUUUUAAUAAGAAAAAGUCUGUUAUAAAUACUAUAUAAAAAUGAGGUUUUGUCUACACCUGUUAUGUCAUAUGGUUGGUCUUAUCACUGGAAACUGGAGCUUUUGGUGGAAAAGAAAGCAAACUUACAUGAAUCUCUGAAAUCAUUUAUUCUGUAUUGAAUGUUACAAACCAGACAAAUUCAACUAAGAAAUAAACGCUUUGGUGACUCUAGGAUUCCAGCAGAAAUACCCAUUAUAAAAACUAAUCGUGAGUUGUUCUUAAUGUGUUUGAGGGGGGAAAAGGAUAUCACUAUCCACAUGAAGAUGGCCCUUUCUUUAACAUUUAUUGUUUGAAGAGCAACAAAUACAACAUGCCGCUAUCUCUCUCUCUUUUUUUUUAAUGCACUUUAAAAAAUAUCGGUGACACUUUGGUAACUUUUCUGCUUUGGAAGUUUGUCUGAACAGAAGAACCCCUGAAGCUUAAAAGGGUACUUCCUCCUAUCAUCUACCAAAGGAGAUUUGUGAGUGGAAUCCAUUGUAACUUGUUCAUAAAUUACACUGCUGCCCAUUUAUUUUCAGGUGCAAUUCCAGAUGUUCAUUUUCAUUGACAAAGCCCAGUAUGAUUUGGCUAAUGAUUACUUUUGGUACCAUCUUUCUUCUUAUAUGUUACCAUUGCAGUAGAAUUCUAUGAAUUUGCUCUACAUGACAGAUCUAAUACUUAAGAUCCCAUGCUGGAGGCAACAUGAUUUUCAGAAUGAUACCUCACCGCAGUUUUAGAAUUCCUGUCCAUAAACCCUGGGCUGGCUGACCUUUUGGUUCUCAUACAAUGUGAAUUGUUCUAGUUUGACCUUUCUCGACAGUUACUGGAGUUGGAUAGAAGAUUACAAAUUUUACAUAUCUUGUUCAUCUCUGCUGUUUGUCUUAUUGGAGUAACCCUUUGGGGAGUGCAUUCUUAUAACCCAGGUAACUUAGAAGACUCUUGAAAUUGAAAAUUUGGACUUUUUUUUUGGCUCAGUUUUUAGUCCAAAAGAGACAUGGUUCUGUUCUGAUUUUACAUGCCAGUUAGUUCCCAAGCUUGGAAAGCUCUCAGAGCAUUGUAGCAGGUCAGCUCAACAAACAUCAAUUAUGAACUAUGUGCAAGGCACAAAUCUAGGCACAGGGCGUACAAAGAUGAAAUGAGAUAUGUGCCUUCCCUCAAGAAGCUUAGAAUGUAGCAAGGGCCAGGGAAAUCUGGAACACCGAUUAAUUUUUUUAAUAACAGUUUUUCUUGGCCCUGAUCAUUGGAAUGUGAAUUUCAGAGCAGAAAUAAUGGAAUAACAGCUAAGGGAGAAAACUAUCUGGAAUACUAAGUGUAACUGUGGUUUAAUCAAGAUUUAAUAUUGUCCUUUGUGACGAGUUUGUCUGGGUAACUUGUGUGAUGACUAAGUAUGGUCACAGCCACUCAUGACCAAAUAUAUGUCCUGGUGAUUAAUAUAUAUGAUCUUUAAGUUCACACAUCCCACAAGUAAAUGGAUUUAUCUAAGUUUUUAUUAUUUUUAAAAAAUUAUCUAUCCAUUUGGAUCAAUGGAGAUUCCUGAGGCCAAAUUUUCAAAUAGGAUCCCUUUUUUGUAGCUGUAUUGAAAGGUAUAGGUGGCAAAUGACAGCAGCAGAUUGUAACUUCAGAGACUUGCAAGCAUACAUCUCACUCCCAAACACAAUGUGUAGGCCCUCCCUCCCCACAGGUGAAGCCUCCUUAAAAGAUUAUGACCAAUGGAAUGCUUGUUAGCUGUCAUUUGUGUUUAGGUCUUGCUGCUUAAGAAUCCUAAUGGUGCUUGCAGUUUUGCACAUGAACCAUUUCAAUUUCUGUCUUUGAGGUACUUUAGGAUGCUCUUAACAUAGCAUCAUAGGCUUGAAAAGGACCUCUUUCUUUCCUUAUAGCUGAAGAGCAGAACUACCCCAACCAUCCCAGACAAAUGAGUACAACAUCUAUCGUAAUUUAAAAUAUGUAGGGGGAAGAUUAUCUAAUAUAAGCACGGCUUUGGUUUCUCUCUUAUUGCCACCUUCUUUAUCCCCUUUUCAAAUACUAUUAUUUUCACUUGUAUAUUACAGAGCCUGGUUCUAGUCUUUUGGAUAAACCAUACUUUUUUUCUUUAAAAAAAUGAAUCUAAAAAUUAACUACUUGAUCCCGUCCAGAUGACUUUCUGAUCAUGUAGGAUGAAUUUAAGCACUCAUUCCCUCGUUGUUCCUACUUAUAUUUUGCAAUAAUAUAAUUAUAGACUUUAGAAACCAUUAUGUUGAUACAAGUUAGUGUGCUUGAUAUUAAGAAUAGAAUGUAGAGCUACAGUAUAUCCCCUUGUUAGUUUCUGUCGUGGCCCCUUUGUCUUUUGUGUCUCCUACUCAGGUCAUGGCUGCCACUUUUCCUUGGGGAAUUUUGAAAGAGGCUUUAAAGACAGAUGGAGUCAUUUUCUUUCAUCAUGCACAGAGAGAACCCAGGACAGAGAUGAAUUGAUUUCAGUGCAAGGCCACACCUCUGGUUAAACUUUGGCAAAACCAGCAUGAGAGCCCAGAUCAGUGGCUUCUUUGCUCGAGGGCUAUUUGGAUUGAGCUACCAAGCAGCCACUCACUCUUUCUUAUUGUGGCUCCCUGGAAGGGCUGUUUCUGAGGUAUUUAAUGUUCAUACCAGAGGGAAGACAGAGAAUCUACUAGAACCUCCUAACUUCAUUUUUCGCUACUUCUCCCCCCUGCAUCUUUCUCAGCUUUCAUACAAGGGAGAUUUUCAGAACCCUCAUUCUAGACCUCAGGGCCAACUGGGGUUCUUGUUGAAGAGCAGUGUAAGGAAGAAAACUCACUAUAGGUCAAAUGUCCCCUUUCCUUUCACCUUUUGCAUCUGUUAUUUAGUAGCAAGUUUGCAAGGGGGCAUACCUUGAUGUUAACAUUAGAACUUCAUGAAAACAUGAAAGAAGCAAGGUAUUAACUAUACUUUGGGGGGGGCGGGGCAAUGAGGGUUAAGUGACUUGCCCAGGGUCACACAGCUAGUACAUGUCAAGUGUCCGAGGUCAGAUUUGAACUCAGGUCUUCCUGAAUCCAGGGCUGGUGCUUUAUCCACUGCACCACCUAGCUCCCCCAACUAUACAUUUAAGGACCAUGUUCAUUAUGGGGUUUUGACUAGCUGGAAAAAUAAUUUAUUCUUCACUUAAUCACUUUAAAUUUAUGCUCUUCUAAGAAUAUCAUCUCCUCUAUUUCUCAAAAACUUCCCCAUAUUUCAUCUUUAAUUUCAAUGAAAAUGUUAUGUCUUUGUCUUUGUGCCCCAUGUUUAAAAAUCACAGAAUCUCAGAGUUGGAAGAUACUUCAGAGGUCAUCCAAUCCAAGCUAUAAUUAAACAGAAAUCCCCUUUAUUAUGUCCUCAAUAAUGGGCCAUCUACCUUCUAUUUGAACAUUUCCAGUGACUGAGACUCACUACCUCACAAGCCAGCCCAUUCCAUUUUUCAACAAUUCUAGUUGUUCUAGAUAUGUUGAGCUAAAAUUUGCUUCUCCAUAACUUACACCCUGUGAUUUUGAUUCUGCCAUUUGGAGCUGUAUAGAAUUAAGUCCUAUCCCUCUUCCAUAUGAGAGCCCUCCAGGUAUUUGAAGAAAUGCAGCACUUCCUUCCCCUCCUUAAGCUAUUCUUCACAUAACUUGAUUACAUCCUACUUAAUUACAUCCUUCAUUUCCUGGUUGACUUUCUCGUGAUGCACUUCGUUUUGUCAAUGUCCUUAAAAUGUGGCACCUGAAGCUGAAACAGUCCUUCAGCUGUGGUCUGAAUAGUUUAGAGUUUAACAAGAUUUCCUUGUUCUGAACCCUAUACUUACAUUAAUAAAGCUCCUAAGGUUGUUUUUAGCUUUUUUUGGGGGGGCAGCCGUAUCACUGUUGACUCAUAUUGAGCUUGCAAUUAUCUAAAACUGCAGUUCUUUUGAAUGUGAAAUUAUGUUAAGCUUAAUCUAAGUGCAGAACGUUUAAUUUGUAAACCCAUUCUUCCAGCCUGUGAAGAUAGUCUUGGGUUAUAUUUCUCAACCACCAUUUUAUCUCCCAAAUUUGUGGAUGAUUUAUCUAUCCAUAAAUUCGGUAAACAUGAUAUCCUUUGUCUUCACCCAAGUCAUAUUUAAAAUCUUAAAUCAAGUAGGGCUGGAGACAGUGUUGUAUUUCUGUGAUUCAGAUUCUAUAAUAAUACCCUGAGGCACAUUACUAGAAACCUGCCUUGAAGUUGAUGUUAAUUCAUUAAUCAACAUUUUUUGCUUAUAGUAAUCCAGCCAGUUAACCGUAGCCCACAUUCUCCAUUUUGUCCAUAAAUAUAUCUUGAGGCCUUUUGUCAGAAGUCUUAUUGAGAUACACACAUAAAGAAAACACAUGUAUACAUACAUACAUGUGUGUGCGUAUGUAAACCUAUAUAUAUAUAUAUAUAUAUAUAUAUAUAUAAAAUCUGUUCCCUAAUUACCAUUACCAAACCUAAUUGAAAAAUAAAAUGAGGUUGGUUUGAUAUAAGUGCUUCUUAGAAUCCAAGUUUGGUCCUGGGGAAUCAUUGCUUCCUUCUUUUUUUUUUUUUGGUUGGGGGUUGGGGGGAGCACCAGCUUUUAUUUUAGUAUCACAGUCUACUUUGGCAUUGUCCUAUGUAUAAAAUGCAUACUGUUGUUGAAUAGUUCAGCUCAUCCCAUUGUAUUUCAAUCAGUGAGCAAAUUGGGGGUGGUAGGAAGCAGGAUGGACAGUGUAUUAAGUCCCAAUACCACUCAUUUGUAUUCAGGAUUUUUGACUUUAUUUUGGUUACAGUUUGUGAUUUCAAAAGGAAUGAUGUGUGCUUUGAAGUCUGUAAUCCCUGUCGAGUUACAUGAAGUGGCUUAUAUUGCCUGUUCCAUCAGGCUUCAUUGAUGCCACUAUUUUGUCAUUCUUGUUUUGCUGAUUCAGUACAAAAAUGUUUUAUGUAAUAGCCUUGACGAUUUUGUCUCAUGCUGGAUAUAAUUUCAAGAAGUUUUACCACUUAAGACACAUUGGUUUUUUGUUUUGUUUUUUUACUGAUGGCAGUUGUAUUUCCUUGUUUUCAUUUGAUUUCAAAGUAGGCUAGCAUUUCGUAAAGAAUGUUGUCAAUAGUUAAGUUUGAACUGCUAGCUAUAUCAUAUGAAAUUUUAUUUCUUAAAAGCCUUUUUAAAGAAGUAAAUUAUCUUACUAAAAACACUGUAAAAAAAUAAAUAUUUGAAUGGCAAACAUUCAA